UUACGACCGGUUGGGGGUCGCGGCAUUAAAAAGGUUGAGAACCACUGCUCUAGAGGACACUUUGGCCAGUUCAACAUUGCAGGCCAAGGCUUCAGACCAAGCUAGCAAGAAAUGUGAGGAACAGAUAUAGAGGGAUAACUGCCUCCAUACUACCUGCAGUGAAUCAAAAUACCAUGCUGGGCUGAUCCUGUUUUCUGAUGACAGACAUCCUUACUGUAAUUGUCAAUGAUGUAUUCAAAAACACAGCCUUGACUAUUAACAUUAAAAUAUUUUCUUGUAUACGAGUACAAGAGUGAACUUUCAAUAACAAUGUGGUAUUUUCAGAUGCAUCGGAGUAUAACUCCCAUCAUUUGCAGCUAGAGUAGCCCCUGGCUUGUAGUGAUGGGAAAUGUAGUGCACACAUCUAGACAACGCUUGCCCAUAGAUGGCUACUAUCUGGCAGUAAGACAUCUGCAGUAGCAGUAUAAAAAAGAAAAUGCACAAGUGUUUUUUUGAAGACUGCAAUUCAUGGACAGCGGGGGUGGGUGGAUAUCCUCAUCUCAUAAUUUGCUUUAUGUUUAGGAGUUAUAAUGCUGUUAACAGUUCUUAUGUGUUCUCUCUUGCUCUCUUGCUCUUUCCCUCUCUCUCAUUUUCUUUUUCUUACACAUAAAAUUCACAUUUAGUUUAAUAAAAGGAGAUUCAGAUUUACAAAACCUGUUAGAGAUCUUGGCUCCUUGAGGAAAAGGUCUAAAUGCAUAGACUGUGGCUUUGCACACUGAUAAUAUAUCCUAAAUUCUCUUUCAUAUUUCAAAGAUUAAGCAAGUAGUUCUAUGAAAGAUCUCUUAUUUCCAAAAGCUUUGAGAAUUUUCUGAAAAGCCAAUCCUGAAUUAAACAAACAGAUUAUCUGACCUGUUAUAAAGUUCUUAUAUUUCACAGAAUUGAAAGACAGACAAAAUUUAGGACUAGACAUGUUCAAUAAAAUCCAAUUUCAGUGUGUGUGUGCUGCCAAAGCAAAGAAUAGCUUUUCCACAGGUUAAAGGUACAGCAUUUAUGCUUCUGAAGUGCAGAUAAAAUCACAGCUCCCUAAAAGAUCAUCUCUUUCCCUCUUUUCAAGGAUGAACAGGCUUGUUUCAAGUAUCUCUUAUGACACUUCAUAUUUAUAAUGUCCCUGCUAGCUAGCUGACUGGAUUAGUCAAAUGAGGAAGAUGUAUAUUUCCUGCUUGUGGGCUGCUCUUAGCUGAGAAGGUUGCUAAGUGUGGCUGUGUGGCAACUGCUAUAGGAGGAUUGUGCAUCAUUCUAAUGCCAGACUUUUUGAAUUGUCUAGGUGUUGCUAUACACAUUAUUACUUAAAUUAUUUUCUGUCUAAACACAUUAGGUAUACACCAACAUUCUGCCAAAUAUUUUAAUUAAACAAAUGUAUGCUAUAGUCCUGCCAUUCCAGUUAAAAUGAUGUUGGCAAAGUCUAAUUUCUUAAUAUUACAACUACAUAAAAGUAUCACCCAAGACAAACUUGACUCAAACAAAAGCACAGAAUGAGCUAUGGUAACUCUUCACAUUCAUACAUGGCUUUCAUCACCUCUGAGACUAGUUAAAUACAGCAGAGCUCUAAGGGAGAACUGAAAUAUCUACAGCUUAUUCCAAGACAACUUAUUACAAACUGAUUCUCAAGUAUAAAGGAUGCAUGAGCAGAAGAUUUAGUAGCCGAGGUCCAUUUUUGUACACAUUAUUUAUGAUGUACAAAAUACAUAAAAUGCGGAAAUAGCUGAGCUCCUGAACAGCUUUUCAGUUGAGCUUCUGGACAGUCAUCCAGUCAUUCAGCCAAUCCUCAGUUGGCCACAGAGCUCCUUGAAUACUAUACUCUUAGGCCAGUCAAUUGAACCUAUAGUGAGGGCAAAGAAAAUCACAUCUGCCCUGUCCUGUGAUGUCUGAUUUAGCACUAUUGCAGAAUACAAACUCCAUCAGUACAGAGGACAUUGGCGUGAAAGCCAGAUAGAUUUAUAACGUACUGAAGUACACACCCACAACAACCAUGGAACAUGCAGACAUGUGAGCCAAAUAUUGAAUAGUUUGGCAGCUUUUACCACAUUCUGAAAACUAAAGAGAAGGAGGACCAUUAUUCUGUGGUAGAGCAUAUAGUUUGAAUGCCCAAAACACUGAAUUUAAUUCAUAGCAUCACUGAGUAAAAUUUUGUAUGAACCUGUCCCAAAUUAUGAGCAUGACCAGUGUCUGCAUGAAGUAUUCAAAAAUAAUCAAAAUCGUACAAGCAAAAAAUGUAAACCUUGUUCAUCUAAUCAACUCCAGUAUUUUUUUUAAAUAAAGUCAUUAUUUCUGAUCAAGAGAAUAGAUAUACUUGUGAUUCUAUAACUGAAUCUCCUAUUCUAACUGUAUCAGUUCACAAGCCCAUAUGCUUGUAAGCAUUUACAAAGAUCGCACUUUAUAUAGAGCAAUCUUAAAAUUAAUAAUUAAUCUGAAGUAAAGUCUUGCUGAUAUGAACCAAAGAAACCUGGACCCUAGAAAUGAUCUUUUGGCCUUCUUUCCUCAUCCCUCCUGCCAGGAGAUCCUCAUUUCAAUAUUUACUGACUUUUUCUGUGUAAUUUUCUUAGGAUAUAUUUUUCUGCCCAAGGAUGGAAAGAGACAACACCAGGAUUGUCACAAUCUUGAAAGAGAAAUCGGGGCUCUAUGAAUAUAAAAUCUACAGCAUACUUACUGAUUGUUCCCCAGAGCUAUGUGCUGAAGUUUAUAUGGACUUAAACUACAGAACAAAAUGGGACCAAUAUGUUAAAAAUGUACGUGAGAAAACUCAGGAUGGCAAAACAGCUAUCUACUGGGAAGUGAAGUUCCCCUUCCCCUUGGCAAACAGAGAUUAUGUUUUUGUUCGUGAACGUCGAGAUACGGAGCUUGAUGGGCAGAAGAUCUAUGUUAUAUUGGCUAAAAGCGUGAAUACUGUUAAAUUCUCAGAAAAGCCUGGGAUUGUUAGAGCAAAGAAUUAUAAACAAGGUGUGGCCUUUGCAAGUGAUGGCAAGAAAGGGUGCAAAGUUUUCAUGACCUAUUUUGAUGAUCCUGGUGGAAGGCUUCCUUCGUGGGUUGUCAAUUGGGCAGUUAAGACUGGGGUUCCCAACUUCUUGAAAGACAUGCAGAAAGCUUGCCACAGUUAUCAUAAGAGAUAGACGGCUCUUUGUAUUCAGUCUGAAGGACUGAUAGAUAACACUUUCCAAAGUUGGUCAUUGAUGUGGAUAUAGUCAUGAGACAUCACUGAAUAACAGCUGCCUUUGGGGAUGAUAAUCAUGAGCCGUGGAAGCUUCCAGGCAUAUGAUAAUGGAACUUAUUAAACUUUUCAUUUUCCAGUCACGCCUUCCUUUUACUUUUGAUGGCUUGAAAACACAGUUAAGUGUUUGUGUCUCUCUUCUUCGAGCUAAACUCUGAUGUGACAUGUUUCCUUGACAUCAGAGAGGCUGGAGAAAUUGAGUCAGUGCUGGAAUCAGUGCUGUGUUAAGAGAGUUGAGUAUGCAGAGCUUAUCCCGCGAAUUAAACUGUUGGAGCAACUCAGUACUUUGAAUUCAAGUCACUGCUUCUUUUUCCAAUAUCAACUUCAAAGAGAGAAAUCUAUUCCGUAUUUCUUUGACUCAAAAAAGCUGCUGUUCAUCAAAGCCAAUUCCCUCUUGACCUGACCAUCUUCCAGAGGCAUUCACAGAAUCUAGUGCUUUCAAGAAAGUGAUAUAAGCAGUAUGGCACUUAUAAUGCAAGCUGUGCCCCUUUCUUACUUUUGUGCAACUUCAUAACACACUUAUCAAAGGUGCAGAUCUUAUAUAAUAACUUUAAAUCCUGCUUUUGUGUUUGCCUUCAUUGACUCUCUCCCCCCAUACCUCUAAAAGCAGCAGGAAUAAAUAGAGCACAUUUUUAUCCAUUGUCCUUAGCAAAGAAAGAUCAUAUAGACUAGUGUAUAUUUGGGAAAGCUACACUUUGUGUGUGUGUGUGUGUGUGUGUGUAUGUAAAACUAAUACAGCGUUGGUGCAAACCAACAUAUUUAGGAAAAUCAUGUACAAA